AUGCCGAAUUGGUCUAGUGGAUUGACUUGAAUAACCUCUGCUUCCAGGCAACUUCUUGUGGAUCAUUCUCUUGUAUAAAAGGCCAACACCCUUGCACACUUUCCAAGUGAGUCUUUACUCUUUCUUUUGUACCUUCUUUCUUACAUAGUCCUGUCAGCCAGGCUCAAAAUUCAUACAAACCCCUGCUACAUAAUCAUUAUCAUCAAGAAGUACCAAUGGAAGGAGGUGGAAAUGAAUUCACAGGUGAGAUCACUCUUCGGCCAUUGGAGCUUUCUGACAUAGAUGAUUUCAUGGUGUGGGCUACAGAUGAGAAAGUGACUCGCUUUUGCUCAUGGGAACCUUACACUAACAAAGAAGAUGCAAUCAACUUUAUCAAUACUAAAGUUAUUCCUCACCCAUGGUUCAGGGCAAUUUGCCUUAAUGGCCAGCCCAUUGGUGCCAUUUCAGUGACUAAAAAUUCAGGCAAUGAUAAGUGUAGAGGUGAACUUGGCUAUGUUUUGGGCUCCAAGUACUGGGGUAGAGGGAUUGCAACUAAAGCAGUUAAGCAGGUGGCUAAUACUAUAUUUGCUGAAUGGCCACACUUGGAAAGGCUUGAAGCUAUAGUUGAUGUAGAAAAUCCGGGAUCCCAAAGGGUGCUAGAGAAGGCUGGGUUCCAAAGGGAAGGUGUUCUAAGGAAGUAUAUGCUUUUGAAGGGGAAAACUAGAGACCUGGUGAUGUUUAGUCUUCUUUCUUUUGAUCCCAAGAGCUGACUAUUUGUUUAAAGUUUUUGUUUUUGUUUUAAUUUGUAUGUGAUUUAUGAAUCUUAAGCCACCCACUAGCAGAAAACAUUAAUUAAAAUUCUAUUCAAAUGCUUUGAAUGUUCUCUCUUGUCAUAUAGAACAUUCUU